AUGCGACGCUCUUCGCGUCCGUCGCUGACGUCGCUGCUCGUGCGCGGCCGAUGGCGCCACCUUGCGCAUCCGGCCCGCUCAGCUUUCGCGUACACCGCCGCCCUUCGACACGCCAGCACACCAUCGACUCGUCCCUCGGGCACCACGGACGGCGACUUCGGCAGUAGCGGCGUCCGUGACGGCAGUGCACCAGCGCCUCCUAGCGGAGGCGACAGUGCGGCUGCGGCUGCCGCUGCUGCUGCUGCGGCGGCGCCGUUGUCGUCGUCGCACGGCGUGAGCCCCGCGUUCUGCUUCCACGAGACGUUUAUCUUGUCCGAUGUCGACCUGCAUCGUACCCUCCUCGAGGAGGCGCACUACAAGCAUGGCGUGUGGCUCAACGUGCCACCGCAGCUCGCGCCCUCCGUCCCGAACGCCGGCCCGCCUGCCGUGCCGGAGCCUAUCUACCCAUCGGCGCAGCGGGACCGACUGGCGGCCAUGACGGCGGCCAUGGAGGCAGUCCAGAACAAGCGCGGCCGAGGCGCUAGCGGCGGCGGCAGCACGACGGAUGCGGAGCUCAUAGUGGAGCCCUCGUGCCUUGCCUACCGCCCUACCCACAACCCGCCGCCCUUCUCCACGACCGGCACGCGCUCGCUAUGGGUUCCAGCGCCAAGGCGGGCGGGAACAGAAGCCGCCGCCCCGAGCGCAAGCGACGCCGCCUCCAGUGUGCCUCCCCCCGCACCGUCUUGUGCGACAGCGUCAGCGGCAGAGGUGAGCUUCGCGGAAGGCGCCACCACAGCACGCAGCGUGCAUGCGGAAGUACAGACAGUUGCCAUACGCAUGCCGGUGGUCCCGUCCAUGCUGUACCACUGCAGUGCAUGCAAUCGCCCGUUUAGACGGCGCCAGACCGCAGAGGAGCACGUGCAGCAGCGCCACGGGCAGAGCGGCAGCCGCAGCAGCGCCGGCGGCGCGGUUGUAAUGGAGGGCCCGGGGCCGGGCGAGAUCGUCGGGUACGAGGACAAGGCUGUCUCCGUAGCCACCACGGCGACCGCCAAGACGGCAGCUGCAGCCCGCGUGACACGUACUUUGCCAAUGGGAUCGGCGGCUAGGGCGAGGGGACUGGAGGCGAGCGAUGAGGUUGCGGCCGCGGCGGGCGUCGCCGGGGGCUCACGUGUUGGCAAACCUUCCGCCCCUAAUCUCGCUGCUGACUACCGCGCGACACCGCGCGUCGACUUCCCGGAGGACGAGCUUAUCGACGAGCUUCUCGAUGUCGUCUGGGACGACGUGGCGCUGGCACGAGACGACAUCGAGAAGCCAGCUGGCAUCGCCGCAACGCGAGCCAACCUCCGGCAACACCCGAAGCGGAGCUACGACAGCUGCCAAGGGCGCUUUUUCAUCCCCAGUGUGCUCAUCGUGGAGGGCGUCGCCGACAACCGCGCUGAGUUGGAGGGGGCGGCGGAGCGGGCCACUGUGCGAGCCACGCCAGAUGGCGCCGCGCCAGGCAUCAAGCGCCGGCUUUCGUCUGCGUUGUCGGUGUUUUCGCCAUUCACAAUGGCCCCCCGGCUGCUUCCAACGCAGCAGCGCAACGCCGACGGCACGCUCGGUGCUGGCGGCAUCGAUGCCGCCGCCGGCGGCGGGAUCGGCGGUGGAGCUCUUGGGGCGGCGCCGACCGCGCAGGAGUUGUCUAUAGCGGAGCUCAGCCGCCACUACCCGAACCCGUUCGGCGACAGCCCGAAUGCUGUGCUGGUGGAGUCGGAAAGGGAGCCGAUCAACCCCUUCGUCGACCUCGAGGGUAAGGCGGCUGCGGUUGCCGCCGCGGCCCAGUCGGGUGCGGCGGACGGCAGCACCGCUGGCGACGCUGUCUCUUCCCCGGCCACGGAGAUGGAGUGGCUGUCGCGGUGGGCAGCGAGGCCGUAUGCGUGUCCGCUGUGCCAGCGACGCGCCUUGCCAGACUUGAUGAAGAUCAUGGCGCCGCUGCUGCCCCCGUCACUGGUGGCGGGCAGGGAGGCAACCACCUCCGCGGCGCCGACUGCCGGUGCAUGCGGUGGCGAUCAGGGAGCCAGGCCGCGCCCGGGGUCUGAUACGGAGCGGACUGCUUCUACUGCUGCGGGGGCGACGUCGGCUGCGACCGCAGGCGCCUCCUCGUCGAGGUCAGCAGGUGGUGUGCCGCCGUCAGGCUCCCUCGAGGACCAACCCUUGCUUGCGGAUGUUGAGGCGUGGAGCUGGUACGCCGAGCGGGUGCCGCGCUUCCGACUACUGGACUCCCUCGAAGACCACUUGCAGUCGGAGCACGCCGGCUACGGCGGCGGGGAUGACAAGGCAGCGGCUGCGCUCGACGAGGAUCAUGGGUGCGCUGGCGGAGACGGGGACGAUAGCCUCUCCGAGGCGGACUGGCGGCUCCUCUACCGCGUUGCCAGGCACCAGCAGCUGUUAGCGCGAGCCGAGUUGCUGGCGGUGCAGCAGGCGUACCGCGUUAUGUACCCCAAGCGCCACAGCACCUCCGCGGAGUCUUUUAGCUCCACUGAGAGCGACGGUGCCGGCCUCCCGAAUCAUGGCGGCGGCGACGGCGGCAAGGACGGUGCCGAGAGCGCGGCGAUUCGCGACGAGGCAAGCGACACGGCCGAUGCAUCCACUGGCGGGUCGCCUGCGUCGGCAUCCGCCAUUGGUGCCACGACGGCCGAUGGCACCGAUGCCCCUCAGGUGCACGUGCGAUCGGCUGUGAACAUGGUGCUGAUCGGCACGGUGCGGGAUGUGCAGGAGGGCUUCCUUGGCGCCACCCGCAUUCUGCAGUACGUUCUCGCAGUGCGCAACACCUCUGCGGGGUCGUCGGGCGCUGCAUCUGGAGACGCGGUGGGGAGCCACGUGGGCGCCGGCAACGGAGAGGAGGAGGAGGACGGUGCGGACGUGGACGAGGACUUGAUCGUUGUGCGCUGCGUCGGCGAUCUCGUCCCUGUCGCGUUGCUGAGGCAACAGGCCCGCUUGGGCUCCACGAUAUUCGUUGCCGGGUCGCUGCGCCUGAAUCGGAACGUCGACACGGUGUCGCGACGGUCGCACGCGUACCCCUAUGUGCAGGUCGCGCCGCCCCUUGGGUGCGUGCGUGUCUUGGAGGCGUAG